AUGUCAUUUGCCUUAAGGUUCGGCUCAAUAACGUCUCCCCAACAAUCGAUAUGGGGUGUUCUACCAAGAAUAAUACCACAAAUCAAAAUACGAUUGGUUCCAAAUGAACAAAAAGAUUCAAGAUUAUCCGAAUUACAAGAAGAAUUAGAAAAUUCACAAGAUCCACCAUUCAUGAUAGAUAAUGGAACAAUAUUAAAAGCUGCUCCAAAAAAGAAAAUGUCAUAUAGAAGAAAAAGAGUAAAAUUAUAUACUCCUGGUAAUAAACAAAUACAACCAUUAAAUAAUAUAGUUAGAUGUUCAGCUUGUGGAGCAGUUAAAAGAUCACAUUUCAUGUGUAUGAAUUGUUUUGGAGAAAUAAGAACUUUUUUGAAAAAAUUAAAAAGACAAGAUGGUUUAAUUAAAGAUAUUGAAAAUCCUCAAAGUAAUCUAGAUCCAAUUGAUGAAAGAAUUAUAUAUCCUGGAAAACAUGAAAAGGAAAAUGAAAGAGAAUUAAGGAAGAAAGAAUGGAUACCUAAAAGAGAACCUGCUUUACUAUAUGAAAGAGGUCAUUUAAAGAAGAAUUAG